AUGUCCUUGCCGCCACCUCCAGGUCUCAAAAAACUGCCAUCUUCGCUGCCUCCGCGCCCCCCGCAACCCGCCUAUUCGUCCGCACCUUCAUACUCGUCGCCAGGGACCGCCCCUGGUGUUGCCAGCAGCGGAUAUGGGGCAAACCAACAGCAGAGGGCGCCUGGAACGGGCUACAAUGCCUUCACCGCGUUCCAGCCGCGUUCCGUAGCGUCAAAUCAAGCUUAUCGCACUAGUAGUCCGAUCGUCUCUGGUCCUACGCCGCCCGCUACUACAAGUUAUCCGCCGUCAACGACAGGCUAUUCAGCCGCAUAUCAGAAUCCGCAGCAGUCAUAUCAGGCUGGAGCAUCAUACUACGGCCAGCCCACUUAUGGCGAUGGUACGUACGGGCCUUCGCCCGUUCCGCAGAUUACCAACCCGUUUCCAGUGCCGGGGCAAGACCAGUCUAAUGCUUAUGGAGCCCGCGGAAAGGCGUAUGGGCGCAACGACAGUGGGAUGGAUCCCGAGUUGGAAGCGCAGAUUGCGCAAUGGCAGAGCGCAUACAUCAGUAAAGACGGCGAUUCUUCGUCCGCCUCGGCGAAAGGGGCAGGACGCAGCGGAACUGCAACGGCCACCAGUGCAAAUGCUGGUGCUUCAACCGCGUCUUCGAACACUUCUACGGCUGCCAACACACCUGCCUCUGGUGCAGAAUCCGGGCAAAAGACGGUGAUCCGGUCAGGCGGUGGUCAGACCUGGACCGACCCCACUCUUCUCGAGUGGGAUCCUGCGCAUUUCCGUCUCUUCGUGGGUAACCUCGCGGGCGAGGUGACUGACGAGUCAUUGAAGAAGGCCUUUUCCAAAUACCCAUCCGUGCAGAAGGCGCGGGUGAUUCGUGACAAACGGACCGAAAAGAGCAAAGGCUAUGGGUUUGUCAGCUUCAGCGACGGAGAUGACUAUUUCAAGGCUGCUCGAGAGAUGCAAGGGAAGUACAUUGGCUCUCAUCCCGUGUUGCUGAGACGCGCCACGACGGAGAUUAAGCCGGUAGUCGUUGGGAAAGGAGGCAAGAAGGGAGGGAACGGUGGAGGCGGUGCUGGGGGAGGCCAGGGAGGUGCAAGCAGUGGGAAAGCGAAGAGUGAUGGGGUGAAGAAGCAGAAGACCAAGGGUGGGUUGAAGAUAUUGGGAUAG